AUGGAGACUAAAGAUACAGCAAUGGCUUUGAUUAGAUAUUAUUGCAAUGGAAAAUACUUCAAUCAUGUUGCGAAAGCCACAGCGACUGCGCAGAAGAAAUUUCGAAAUGAGCCUGUCUUCACUGUCUUCCGUGCAUACGGAACUUUAAUGCAAGGUGACGUUCGACAAGCUUCAGCCGAGUUGGACUUAAUAAAGGAUCGAUCCGACGUGUCUCUCUGCUCUCUCAUGGCACUUGUCUACGCCGAGAAAAAAAAGAAGUCGCCAGACAAAGAUGUCAUCCGUGAGCUUGAAUGUAAAAUCAGAGAGGAUCGCAAAAGUACACCCCCACAGAGUCUGUACUAUGCUGCCAUGUUUCUUUGGCUAUUGGGGCGAAAUGAUAAAGCGAGGGAAUACAUUGAGCGAAUGAUCAAACUCUCCAAUGGUUCAAAAGAGGGGAUAAUACUGAAAGCAUGGAUAGAUGUGACGUGUGGGAAAGAUGACUAUGCCAGAAAGGCCGGAAAAUAUUUCGAAGAAGGGUUGAAGGACGGACCCGAUGCUUUUGCGCUAAUGGGAAAGGCACAAUACUUUGAAUAUUGUCAAAACUACUCUGGAGCAUUAGAUGUGGUUAACAAGGUCAUUGCCAGUUUUCCCAGUUUCUUACCUGCUCUCAUUAAGAAGAUGACCCUUUUUCUAAACCUCCAAGAUUGGGAUCAAACUACAGAGGCAGCAGUCAGGGUUCUGCAAAUGAAUACAAACAACCUGGAUGCUUUACAUAUGCUAACUUUGCAUUCAUUAUGCAUCAAUGGAGAUAUUCUCGAGUCAACAAAGCAUCUUUCCAACCUUAUUAAAAGUCUGCACGUGCAAGAACCGCAAAACCCGGAACUUGCGCUCAGGAUGUCUCUGGCGUUCAGUCGAGUUUGUGGACGGAAUGAGACGGUGCUUGAGCAAGUAUUCAAAAUGGUGGAAAAAGCUUUUGAUGUGACACAAGAAAACUCGGAAUUAGCGACAGAGCUGGGCUACCUUCUGGUGCUUCAGGGCAAAAUCAAGGAAGCCACCAAGUGGUUUAAGAUGGCUAUGACGUUGGAUGAAAUGAGCCUCACUGCACUGACGGGUAUGAUUUGGUGCCAGUUGAUAGAGGGCUCACUCGAAGAAGCAGAGAAAGAUUUGGAAUUUCUGAUGGAGAUUCAACAAACUUCUGGAAAAUCAGGGGAAAUCCUCUACCUGCUGGCACUCGUGGCAAUUAAAAAGCACCGUCCCCAAGAAGAGAUAACCAACCUCUUGAAAGAUGCAGCGGCAAUCCACUUCUCGACUGUCCAGGGUCUACCUUUGGGGGUGGAGUACUUUCAGAAACUGAACCCUGACUUUCUCUUACAGAUCGCAAAGGAGUAUCUUGCUCUUUGUCCUCCUAAGCCUCCAGGCCAGGGCCAGGCUUCUCCUCAGCUCAGGCACUGUGCUGCAUUGUUGGGCAAAGUGGUCAAGAUUGUGCCAGGGCUCCUUCAAGGCCUCUUCCUCCAAGCCAAAGUCCGAUAUCAAACUGGUGAUGUGGAUGGUGCUCAGAGCAGUCUGCAGCACUGCCUGGAACAGUGUCCUUCUCAUACAGACGCACAUCUGCUCAUGGCUCAAAUCCACUUGUUGCGCGGCAAUUUUACUUUGUGCUCGCAGUUGCUUGAAGUCUCCCUCAGCCAUAACUUUGAGAUUCGGGAACAUCCCUUGUACCUCCUGAUCAAGGCUCAAGCAAAGAAGAAAAUGGGGGAACUGACUGAAGCAAUCCAGAUUUUGCAAACGGCAAUGAGUCUUCCCGGGGUCUGCAGCGCUGGAUCAGCAGCCAAGUCCAAAACGAAAACAAUCCAGCUGAGUCCUUCUGACUGUGCCUCCAUCUUCUUGGAGUUAGCCGAGGCUUUGCGGCUAAACAAUAAACAGCAAGAAGCAGCCAAGGUGAUGCAAGACGCCAUCAACAAGUUCUCCGGCACUCCUGAGGAGCUUCUAGUUACUAUCGCCAAUGUCGAUCUGGCUUUGUUUCACGGUGACACAGAGUUGGCACUCAAUAUGCUGAGAAACAUUACACCUGAGCAACUCUACUACAUUCAAGCCAAGCAGAAAAUGGCAGAAAUUUACCUGAACCACAAAAAAGAUAAGCGUCUGUUUGUGAGCUGCUACAAGGAAAUAGUGGACAAGCUACCCAGUCCUCAUACAUACGUCUUACUCGGGGAAGCUUACAUGCUUAUUUUAGAGCCAGAGAAAGCCAUUGAGGUGUAUGGGCAUGCUCUGGAGAAAACACCAAAAGAUGCAGCUCUGGUCAGCAAAUUUGGAAAGUUUUUAGUCAAGACUCAUUACUUUGAUAAGGCAUUACAUUAUUAUGAAGCUGCACUGAAGACCGGACAGCAGAACUUCCUGCGCUAUGACCUGGCCGAGUUGCUGAUGAAGAUGAAGCAAUACGAGCGCUGUGAGAGUGUUCUGCUUGAAGCUCUCUCCCAUAAGCCAGUGACUGGAUUACCUGCACUGGCAGAUGAUUGCCGUUAUCUGAUGCUGUUGGCAAAUGUCCAAAAUAGGAUUGACAAAGCAGAAGAAGCCUUAACAUCCCUACAAAAGGCGCGGGACGUACAAGCCAAAGUACUGAAGCGGGUGCCGUUGGAGCAACCUGACAGCUUUGACGUCCAGAAGCAGUUGGCUGCCAAGAUCUGCACUGAGAUAGCCCAACACUACACUAGUCAGAGGGUUUACGACAGAGGCGUCGAGUUCUACAAAGAAGCUCUUGUGCAUUGUGAGACGGACCACAAGUUGAUGCUGGAGUUGGCACAGAUAUUCCUCACGCUAGAUGAAUUCGAUGCAUGCCAGGAGCAAUGUAACGUCAUCUUGAAGAAAGACCAGUUUAAUCAAGAUGCAACUCUGAUGAUGGCCGAGCUUAUGUUCAGGAGAAAAGAUCAUGAACAAGCAGUUGUGUAUUAUCAGCAACUGCUGGAGAGCAAGCCAGAAAACUUCUCAACAGUGUCACGUCUCAUUGACUUGCUAAGGAAGGCGGGAAAGUUGGAAGACAUGCCCGGAUUUUUUGAAAGGGUAGAAAAAGAUUCUCCCAGCGUUACAUUUGAACCGGGCUUUAACUACUGCAAAGGACUUUAUUUUUGCUAUAUGGGAGAACCCAAUGAUGCUCUGCAUCAUUUCAACCAAGCCCGAAAAGACGCCAAGUGGGGUCAAAAUGCUGUCCAUAAAAUGAUUGACAUCUACCUCAAUCUCAACAAUGACAUGAUGGGAAUCGAAUUAUGUCACUUAGAUUCCAAAACUGGGAGCUCCACAGAAAAGCAGGAAAUGGAGAGGGUUGCCGUGGCAACGGCUCAUCUGCUCUUGAAGGAAUUAAAGCCAGAAUCACCUGGAGGACAUUUAAAGCUCCGUAUGCUCGAGAACUACUGCUUACUGGCCACGAAACAGAAGGCCAAUAUAGAGAAAGCCCUCUCUGUCUUUACCGAGAUUGCAACUAAUAUGGAAGCUCACGUGCCAGCACAGUUGGCCAUUGCAACCAGUCUCAUGAUGUUGCAACUAACCACCCAAGCCAGAAACCGGUUAAAACAUAUCACAAAAAUGAACUGGAAUAUUGUUGACGCUGAAGAGUUUGAGAAGAGCUGGCUGCUCCUGGCUAACAUCUACAUCCAUUCGGGGAAGUACGACUUGACAGAUGACCUCCUGAAUAGAUGUCUCAAUUAUAACAAGUCAUGCUGUAAAGCGUAUGAGUAUCGAGGUUUCAUUCUGGAAAAAGAGGAGGCAUUUCGAGAUGCAGCAUUGAACUAUAAACUGGCUUGGAAAUAUGGAAAUCAAUUCAACCCAACCGUUGGAUACAAACUUGCUUUGAACUACUUCAAAUCAAAACAGAAUUUUGACGCCAUAGAUGUCUGCCAUAAGGUGCUUGCUACUCAUCCAAAUUUUGUAAAAAUUAAAAAGGACGUCUUAGAGAAAGCUGUUGCUGCCUUGAGGCCAUAG